CAUUUACUACUUUGGCCACGGACGUUGCGCUUAUUUUUUGCUUUGCCGUCGGUUUUCUUUUAAAAAAUAAUAUUUUUUUUUCAGACCGCCUUCAAAAUUGGGUCAUCGUUAUCUUUUCCACCGCCUUAAAGAUAUUGUACACGUUGUCUUCUGAUUUCCGUUUGCAAUUCUGGACCGGAGAUUCGUACGUUGGAUGGUGAAAAAGGGUUUCACGGAACAGGGGUUUUCUAUUUGGCUUCUCUCCUUGAUCAGUAUCCUCAAUCGAAGAACAGGGGACCAUCGACCCGGACUGCCUAUCAGGUAAUUUGGUUUGGGGAGAGACGGAAGGCGAGGGAGGACCCCAUCUACUACAUUGUUCGUUGUCGGCGCCCGUACGGAAUUUUGGAGAUUUUUGAAGACACGCCGAUGAAGUUGUGACGAUGAGUCACGACUGAGUAAUACCAAACAAAUAGGAGAAAGGCUUUUACGAUCCGGAACAAUUUAUAUCUUACCACAACAGAUGAAAACGUGAUGGUGAUAUUGGGGGAUUGCUUAGUGUUAUUGGGGUAUGAUCUUUUCCCUUGCCUACUUCACAACCGGUUUCUCAGUUUGUAAUGCAUUUCAACUGAUAAUGGAUAAAGUGCAAGAUGAUGGUUCUAUCUCGUGGAGGAAAAGGAAGAAACAUUUCUUUGUUUUGAGUCGUUCUGGUAAACCAAUAUAUCCAAGAUAUGGAGAUGAGCACAAACUAGCAGGAUUUUCAGCAACUUUGCAAGCCAUCAUUUCCUUUGUGGAAAAUGGGAGCAGGAAAACCCCAGAGGUAGUUUUCCUUGUGAAAGGACCAAUUUAUUUAGUUUGCAUAAGUUGUACAGAGGAGCCUUAUGAGUCACUAAGAGGACAACUCGAACUUCUUUAUGGUCAGAUGAUACUUAUUCUCACAAGAUCUAUCGACAAAUGUUUUGAAAAAAACUCUAAAUUUGACAUGACUCCUUUGCUUGGAGGGACAGACGCCGUCUUUUCUUCUCUCAUCCACUCUUUCAGGAACCCUGCAACUUUUCUUCAUGCAUACACUUGUCUUCCACUUGCUUACACCACAAGGCAAACUGCUUGUGCCAUUUUGCAAGAUGUUGCUGAUACAGGUGUUGUAGAGUUGAAAUAUUAUUGA